AUGCAUAGUCUAAAAAGAGUUUUCCCUUCCCGUCUUGUCUAUGGCCGUCACCAUCUGGGUCUUUAUUCUAGUUUUGGCAUAGUCCGAAGAGGUCAGAACUUUGCUACUGUCUCCCAGACGGUUCCUCAUCUUCAAGUUCCUGACAUCAGCUUCGCGGAAAACCCUGAUCAUGUUCGAAAGGUUUCUGAUCAGCUCCAAAAAGACGGCAUUCUGAAAAUCGGCCUUGGCUUUGGAGACGAUGACAGCAAUUAUCUCCAAAAGUUGAUUGUCAGUCUGCACAAGCAGCAUGGGCACCGAUUACCGAUAUCUCACAGCGCCUCAUGUGGUUGGUUCUGGGAUGUUCGACCAAAUACUACGACCUUCCAAAGCCAUAACCAUCAGGCCCGAUCUGAAACAAUGGAAGACUUUCCCUGGCAUACAGAUUGCAGUUAUGAGGAACCACCUCCCCGAUUCUUCGCACUCCAAGUCCUGCAGCACGACCGUUGUGGAGGUGGCACGCUUUCAGUUCUAAAUGUCAAGAGACUAUGUGAAUCGCUCUCACCAACCACUCGAUCCGCGCUACAAAAGCCCGAGUACCGCAUCACAAUUCCCACUGAAUUCAUCAAGAAUCCCGACCAACAGGAUAUUAUUGGGAAUAUUUUAUCUUCAAGUACUGGUGGCGACCAACCCGACAUGAUGCGAUACAGAGGAGAGAUCAUAUCGCCAAUGAGUGAAGCAGCUGCAGCAGCGCUCCAAGAACUCGAACAAUCUUUGCGGCAUGAAAAGGGAAAUUGGGUUGUCCAUCUUACGCCUGAGAUACUGCCCAAACGAUCGAUCAUCCUCCUUGAUAACCGCCUGUGGUUACAUGCACGAAAUAGCAUCAAUGACCCGGAGCGACACCUCCGUCGAGUCCGAUGGGAUGCUUCCCCGUUCAUGAGUCUCUCAAAUUAG